UUCACACGUUGAUUUUUUUUUGUUAAUUUUUACUUAGAAGAGUAUGUAUUUAGGCAAUAAUAGCAUGCAUUUGUGAACCUGACAAAUAUUAAAAUUGAGAUUUCAGAUUUGCCAACAGAUCUACAACCAAACUAAGCUCAUUUCCCCUCCAUUACAUUACCUCUCUCUCUCUCUACCCUCUUAAGUCCAAAUCGUCAACUUCCCUUCUCCUUCUCAAAAACCCUUUUCCACCAUUUCCAUUUCUUUCUCUUUCUGCACAAUUGGGUUUGGAACGAGGGAGAUUCUUUAUCUCUCUCUAACAAAUCUGGAAAAAUACUCAAACUCGCGAAAUGGGUAAAGGGUCUUUGAUCAUAUACAUAACCAUAGCAUUGGUGGUGCUCUUGCUGGUUUCUCGAGCUCCAAGGAAAUCCUCCUCCAACCACCGCCAUCGCCGCCUCAAGCUCCGCUCCAACUUCACCUUCGCUCCUCCGACCCUUCCUCACCAACAACAGCAUUCUUCCCACCACGAGUCCGUUCCCUUUGAUCCCCUCGUAGCCGACCUCGAGCGCCGCCGUGAGGACAGGGAGUGGGAGAAGCAGUACAUCGAGCAUACUCACCCCGAGUUGGCUCACCACGAACCGGCCCCGGGGGAGGAGUCACAGCCCGAGUGGGAGGAGUACAUGAACGCCGAGGACUACUUGAACGAUGAGGAGAGGUUCAAUGUGACCAAUCGGUUGUUGGUGUUGUUUCCCAAGGUGGAUGUGGAACCUGUGGAUGGGUUCGUUACCCUGGAUGAGUUGACUGAGUGGAACCUCAAGCAGACCCAGACUGAAGUGAUGCAUAGGACCAAGAGGGAAAUGGAGCUUCAUGACAAGAACCAUGAUGGACUUGUUUCUUUUGCUGAGUAUGAUCCACCCAGUUGGGCUCGCAAUACAGAUAAUAGCUCCUUUGGCUAUGAAAUGGGUUGGUGGAAAGAAGAGCAUUUUAAUGCAUCAGAUGCAGAUGGAGAUGGUCUUUUAAAUAUAACAGAGUUCAAUGACUUUCUGCACCCAUCUGACAGUAUGAAUCCAAAGUUACUUCAAUGGUUGUGCAAGGAGGAAGUAAGAGAAAGAGAUACGGAUAAAGAUGGAAAGGUUAACUUCAAAGAAUUUUUCCACGGGCUCUUUGAUAUGGUGAGAAACUAUGACGAUGAAAGUCAUAACAUUUCACAUCAUUCUGAUGAUGAUUCAAUGGAGGCCCCAGCUAAAGUGUUGUUUGCUCAACUUGACAAAGAUGGUGAUGGUUAUGUGUCAGACACAGAAUUGCUACCUGUUAUUGGGAAGCUACAUCCAUCAGAACGUUAUUAUGCAAAACAGCAAGCAGAUUACGUAAUAACUCAGGCAGAUACUGAUAAAGAUGGGCGCCUGACAUUGACAGAGAUGAUUGAGAACCCAUAUGUUUUUUACAGUGCUAUUUUCAACGAUGAUGAAGAUGACUACGAGUAUCAUGACGAGUUCCGUUAAUUUUCUGCUAGGGUUCCAAGACAACAUUGACAUGAUACAAUUUUACUCAUGCAAUAUAGAAUUGAGCAACACUACAAAUUUCGACAGUUUCAUGAGUGAGUUUCAUGGGGUUGCCACCUGCCAUAACUAUUAACAUUUCUCAAUUACAUUAGCUGCCACUUGUAAUUGUUGCUUGGUGGCAGUCCAAGGGAGUGUUCGAUAAUUGGACUGAUGAGAGACUUUUACACUCUUGGGCCAAACAAAAUUUCAUAGAACUAUCUAACUUUUUCUAAUUUUCAUAUUUAUCUUGUUGUUAUACAUGUACCAUGUAAUAUAGAUAUGAGAAUUGUUCAGAUUGGGACAGAAGUUUUUUGAGGCCUCGAGUUUUAUUGGUUUGUGAUGGUUUACCUUUUCAGUUUGUGUUUAUCUGAACUCUGGGCGAGGUUUGCCCUUAUAUAAACGUUAAUUCAGUUUCGCAA